AUGGUAGUGUUAAAACCUCAACCUAAUGCUCCUCUAGAAACAAUUUAUGAGGAGUCAGGUAGUUUUAAUACAUCGCUCGUUAGUAUGCAUCAUCCACUACAUAAUCAUAUAUACAAUACACAAGGGACUAUUAAUGGUCUUAUUAGUGCUCGUUCAAUACCGCCAGUCAAUUUUUAUAAGCAACGAGCAGCGACUGGAAAUCAACAUAAACCUCCGAUAGAAGUACGUUUUCGUGAUGGAUCGAAACGUUUUAUACAUCCUGGAAAGACAACAACGAUGAUAAUAAAUCGAAGAAAUGUAAUAAAUUCUUCUAAUAAAAAUUUAUCAUCGAAAACAAUAUCUCAUUUAAAAACUCCUCAAAUAUAUAAUUCACAUAGAAACAAAGAAAAUAUUCAAUCAAAACCACAUUCGAUAGUUUUAACAAUUAUUACUGCUAAUGAUUUAAAACGAAUUGGUUUAACACCAACUGAUUCAUCAUCACCAGAUACAUCUACAACACCAAUGUCAACACCAUCAGCUCCAAAAAUGAUGGCGAAUCAAUCACAAUCGAUAUUAACACAAUCAAUAUCUACUUCAACAAUGGGUACAAUGAAAUCAAGGAAGAGUAAUUUUAAAGUUUCUUUUGCACCAUUACCACCGAUGACACCUAUUCAAACAACAAGCAAUCCCUCUACAUCAAGUAAUCAAACUGCUAGUAUUCUUUCACAACUUUCAUCACAAGAGCAAUCAAAUUCUAUGAGUGAUUCUCAAAAUACAACAGUAUCUCAAUCAAUAUCGACGAAUAAUACUAAUCCAACAUUAUCUUUGCCAAAUUCAAAAGCUUCAAUUCCAUCAUCUACGGAUAAGAAUGAAAAAAAUACAUCAUCAAAUGCUAAUAAAUCACAGAAACAAAUACCUCAACCAAAUACAACAGUACACAUUGGUGGUGGAAGUCAUAGUGCUUUUCGUCCAUUUCUUAAAAGGAUGCAUUUUAGUCCGAAGACAAUACCUAUUGCAAUGAGAACAUCACUUGCUAUCAAUGGUACCACUUAUCAACCGCCACAACAACAACAACAACAGAUGAUCCCAUACGCUCAAUUUCGUAAACAACAAUUUCCAGCAAUACCAUCAACACAUAUUACAAAAAUUCCAGUUAAAACCAUUUCAACACAAAAUGAGAAUUUAUCAAACUAUCGACAACAACAAUCAAUAAUAGCGAAUAAUAAUAAUAUUAAUAUUAUCAAUAAUGCUUUGAAUCUGAGAAAUGUAUUGAAUAUUUCAUCUAAACCUGGAAAUACGUUUUCACUUGCACUCAAACCAAAUACGCAUUGGUAUAAUAUCGCAUCAAAUCAUAUUACUGAUAUACCACGUCUUGCACAAGCAUAUGCUAGUAUACCAUUACGUAUAACUUUACCUGUUGUAACUCCAACACAUAAUCAAAAAUUACUUGUUAAACAUAAUAUUGGAUUAGAACAACGUCUUUUAAAUGCUGGUUUAUCUCCUGAAACUAUUGCUCUCUAUGAAAGAAUUCUUGAUGUUGCUGAAAAUCGUCCAACAUCUUUAUUAUCGCCACCCAAGAUUAUCGAUCAAAAUCCAUAUAGAUCCUUAUUAUAA